CUUAGCAGUGAGUUUCAGUAGAAGGUAAACUCGAACUCCAAGUGGGAAGGCUUCAGGAAAAUACCAAUAUUUGUUCGGAAAACUCCCAUUAUACUUGGCAACGAUGGCUUUCAGAGUGUUAAACAAUACUAACAUGCGAACCGGCAUCAACAUUUACACAAUCGGUGGACGACUGCUAAAAAAUCGCACCGUUUUUCACAGCGCCCGUCAGCCGGUCCGUUUCGCCGGCAAGUGGUUCCCGGAUCAGGAGUUUAUCGAACAGUUCAAGGGCCCGGUCAUGUACCCGGAUGCAGUGACCUCUCGCUGGAAGCUACCGCCAUGGAACAGCAAGAUCGCCCCAGUCGAGAAAACGGUACGAAAUCUGAAGCUCAACUUUGGACCUCAGCAUCCGGCUGCCCACGGUGUGCUUCGGUUGGUGCUGGAGCUGGACGGUGAAACGGUAAUGCGAGCCGACCCACACAUCGGUCUACUGCACCGUGGUACGGAGAAGCUUAUCGAGCACAAAACCUACAUCCAAGCAUUGCCCUAUUUCGAUCGGCUAGACUACGUGUCGAUGAUGUGCAACGAGCAGUGUUACUCGCUCGCGGUGGAAAAGCUCCUGAACAUUGAAAUUCCUCUGCGGGCCAAGUACAUCCGGGUGUUGUUUGCGGAAAUUACACGUAUCCUGAACCACAUCAUGGCAAUCGGUACGCAUGGGUUGGAUGUGGGCGCCCUAACACCGUUCUUCUGGCUGUUUGAGGAGCGCGAAAAGAUGAUGGAGUUUUACGAGCGUGUAUCGGGCGCACGCAUGCACGCCGCUUACAUCCGGCCCGGUGGUGUCGCGCAGGAUCUUCCUCUCGGGCUACUAGACGACAUUUACGAUUUUGCGUGCAAGUUUGCGGAACGAUUAGACGAGGUGGAGGAUGUGCUGACGAGUAAUCGCGUGUGGGUUCAGCGAACGACCAACAUUGGAAUAGUAUCGGCAGCUGAUGCGAUAAACUACGGCUUUAGUGGCGUUAUGCUGCGUGGUUCCGGUAUCAAGUGGGAUCUCCGCAAGACGCAACCGUACGAUGCAUACGAUAAGGUUGAGUUCGAUGUACCGAUCGGUACGAAGGGUGACUGCUACGAUCGUUACCUGUGCCGCAUCGAAGAGAUGCGCCAAUCGUUACGGAUCAUCGACCAAUGCAUCAAUCAGAUGCCGGCCGGUGAAAUUAAGACGGACGACGCCAAGAUAUCACCACCGUCCCGGAGCGAGAUGAAACUAUCGAUGGAAGCACUUAUACACCAUUUUAAGCUGUUCACGCAAGGGUUCCAGGUACCGCCCGGUUCCACCUACACCGCGGUCGAAGCACCGAAGGGUGAGUUCGGUGUGUACCUGGUGGCGGAUGGGUCCAGUCUACCGUACCGCUGCAAGAUUAAGGCUCCCGGAUUUGCGCAUCUGGCCGCGCUGGAUAAGAUUGGUCGUCAUCACAUGUUGGCCGAUGUGGUGGCAAUCAUCGGGACGCUUGACAUCGUGUUUGGUGAAAUUGAUCGCUAGACGGCUCGAUUAGGGUGAUUCCUAUUAGUGGCUUAAGAACAUUAGAAGUUAAAUAACAAAAUUGUGGUUUGAAGACAAAGGUACCAAAGAUAUUAUAAUCAACGGCUUAAGCGACUGUAUCUCAAUAGCCAGUUUCAUUAAUAAUCUUAUACAUUUUCUGUCCUUCAGGGUAACAUGAAAUAAAAACAAAAAUGUUGUGAA